AUGUCAUUAAAUUCCACAUUAAUUCUCGUUCAAUAUCAUAUGAAUCGUUAUUUUACUCCAAUUUUAUUAAUAUUUGGUGUUACUGGAUGUUUCUUUAAUUUAAUUCUUUUUUCUCAACGACAAUUUCGUCACAUAUCCUGUUGUACAUAUUUUCUUUUUGCUUCAUUAAUGAUGAUGUUUGGUCUUUUACUUGGUUUAAUUCCUCAUGUAUAUUCCACAUAUUAUUCGAAUCCAGUUGAUAAACAAUCAAUUCCUUGUAAAUUCCGUGGUUAUUUCUCUCAAAGUUUCACAAUGAUGUAUCGUUGGUUAAUGACAAUGGCUUGUAUUGAUCGUUAUUUUUCUUCAUCAUUGAAUUCUCAUUUACGAAGUUUAACAAAUCAACGUUUAGCAAAUCGUAUAAUAACAAUAGUAAUUCUUUUAUGGAUUAUUUUACCAUUGCAUAAUCUUUAUUUUCUGGAUAUUAAAGAUGGUUUAUGUACAAUUACACGAAUCAAUUUUGCGAUUUAUCAUAGUUUCUUUACAUUUUCUACAGGUGGACUUUUUCCACCAUUGAUAAUGAUUGUUUUUAUUAAACUUAUUCAUCGAAAUCUUGUUUUAAAACGAAAACAUCGUCAAAGAAAUGUUUCUCAACGAAGAAAAUCAUCAACAUUUCGUUUAUUAUAUUCACGUGAUCAUCAAGUUCUUCUGAUGUUAUUUGUACAAGUUGCAUUUUACAUUUUAACAACAAUUCCUUGGAUGAUCUUUAUACUUUAUUUUUCUCUGACAUAUCAUCCGGGAUCUAUAACAACAAAUCGUCAAAUUAUUCAAAAAUUUCUUCGAUAUUUUACAGAAAUUCUCUUAUAUUUAUAUCCAACAUUAUCAUUUUAUGUUUACACAUUAACAUCAAAAACAUUUCGUCGACAAUUUCUUAAUUUUAUCUGUUCAUCUAUUUGUAAUCGAAAUCAACAGAAAAUCUUAAUGGCAAAGAAACAAAAUCAAUGGCAAAAUGAAAGUAGAAGAUCUCGAAAAUCUUCACUUAUUCAACUCGAUACUUUUGGAACAUUUUCGGAUAAAACUCUUUCUUCAAAUAAUAAUAAUGAAUAG